UUCCAAUUGCGAACUUACAGAUUCACGAAGUCUCACCCAAGAUGGCUGCCCACAGCAGGGAUGUAGAAGGUUUUGCUCAAAUCGAUUCUCUGAGGGAAAUAUCUUCACAAUUUUUUGAAAUGGUUCCAGUUAGAAAGCUAAAGUGGAAGGAUGAAGAAGCAGCCUUAUUAGCAUCAAGUCCGGAACUUCAAAGACAUCUCCUUUUGGCAACAGUGAAAAAUCCAGUCUGUCAGAGUUGUCCCCCUGCUCUGUCAUAUAUGCGCUAUUUCAUGAAAUUGUUAAUUCACAAGCUGGAAUCAGAAGAUGCAGACAUCUGUGAUGAAAUGUAUGAAGCGUACACAGACAUCUUGUCACGACAAGAGGAUGAAGAUGAAACACUGUGUUAUAAGACUUACAAAAUGCCCAGUGGAGAGUCUGUGUCUCUUCAGGAAUCGGUGCAUUUAGUAUCCCAAGGGACAACCGGACUGAGCACAUGGCAGGCAGCGCAACAUCUGGCAGAAUGGGUUAUUGAGAACCCUCAAGUUUUCUCAAACAGAUCCGUGGUGGAACUGGGUAGUGGCCUGGGUCUGACGGGGAUCGUCACCUGCAGACUGUGCCAGCCACAGAGCUUCACGUUCACCGACUGCCACAGCCAGGUUCUGUACCUUCUGUCCAGGAACAUCGAGCGCAACCUCAGCCAGCCCACCCUCAGCACAGACGGAGAAGCCUCCUCCGACAGAGACCGGAAAAACCUGAAGAAGAUCCGCCGACAGCUCAGCCUGUCCUCCGACCACGGUGGCGGUGGGGGAGCGGAGAUAGCGUGCGGGUCCGACCAUUCGGUCGUGUCGCGGGACCGCAUCGUGCUGAGGGAGAGUUGUGGGAGUGAGGACGAAAUCUGCUCCGACACGGUGGAGCUGGAUGUGAACCCCAGCCACUGGGACAUGGACGCUACACACAGGCUGGCUUCCCUAAAUAAGGAUAAGCGGGUCAACAUUUGUCAUCUCGACUGGGAGUGCGUUAAGACGAAGCUUCUGGAUAAACUCAAAGCUGACAUCAUUCUAGCGGCAGAUGUUGUCUAUGAUACCAGUAUUAUCCCGGCACUCGUCUUUGUUUUGAAAAGUUUGCUCGACACAGGACCAGACAGCAAUAGAAAACCCAAGGCCUUCAUAGCAUCCACGAUUAGAAACGAAGACACCAGGGAUGAAUUUCUAGUUGCAAUGGGCUCUGAAGGAUUGAAGUACUCCGUGGUGGAAUCUCCCAAACACUGCCUGUUCUACUACGACCGCUCAGUGCCCAUUGAAAUUCUCCAAGUGUCUGCUCAUUAACCACUGCUUGCCGCCAUGGGGUGAAGGUUUUGAAUGGCAACAAAUCAUGACACAUCUCCAGAUCUUUCAUCUGAACAGUUAUUGGAUUUUGCAUAUUUGAUCGGGAGAAAUGGGUUGAUAUCAAGUGGAAGUCUUUUUGAUAUCAGGGAAUUGGUGAAGUAGACCUCUGCUUUGUAUUAACGCAAAAGUGUAAGGUGCUAAUAAUGAUGCAGUGAAGGUAUGGCACAGCUUUGUGUACUUCCUACACUAAAAUCAAAACUCAAGUGU